CAUUUAGUGCUGUUACAAGAGUAAUAAGAAACCGAAUAUACUUUUCUGUUGGAAAAUGAAUUCGCGUGAUACAAAAAUACAAAAUAUUCUCAAAGAUUACUUAAAGCAACAACAAGAGUUGGAGGAGAAGUUACUGGAAUGUAGAAGUUCACGCUAUGAAACGCAGAGAAUAAUCAGCGAGAAGGUAUCGCGCGAUAAAAGCGACUCAACAAAUUUCAAGUUAACUCCAGAAGAAGCUCAUAAAAGGAAUCGUCAACUCUUGCAGAGUAUCAUAUACUUACAGGACUUGGAGUCUGUAAAAGCCAGAUUAAGGACCAUAGCUUCCUUCACCCCUACAGAUCAAGAGCUUGUGGAUACGGCAAGAACAUACCGGAAACGGAUGAGAUUAAAAAAUCAAGUAUAAACUUCUUAAAUGUACUUUCACCUUGCGAAGAUAUACCAGCUGUGUAGUAAAAUUUUUCCAAGUACCGAAGCUGACGCGGCAACAUGAUAACUCGAGCCGAACGAACAAACUUACAAACGACAAGUUUGUUGAUCGUUUGGAUCGAUGGAUCAGAUUGCAAUCUCCAUGAGAUUAACGUGUCGUUAUACUACUUACCCAUUAAUAUUAGUACAUGACUGUAUCAAAGAGUUGCAAUGGUUACCACAGGAUAGUCAGCACGUUAAGAAAUUGACGCUUCUUCAAAAACACUGUAGAAGGAUGUGCAGACAAGCGCAAACCGCUUCCACCUGUCCAAAUGAUAUUCAUAUUCAUUUUCCAUGUGUAACUUACGCUAUCGUUCUAGUAAUUAUUGCCUGCAUACCCGUUUCACGAAGGCUCGCUCACUUCGAUACGAAGACCACGUUUCAGAAGCAGUAACAAUGAUAACGUGUGCCAAAACCAAUAGCUUUGAAGAACGUGACAUUCCCGUUUUACUUGAAGUACAAUAGAAGAGAAGGAGAAGUAAACAGCCGAAGAAUUGUAAUGUUCAAUCAAAGAAUCUAGUAUUACAUAUGAUAAAGAUCAAUCAAUUAAUGAAUAGAGCGGCAAGUUUUGUUUUGUCAAAAAAAUAUCAAAUUCUAUUUAUACAAAGUAUAUUGUAUUUGUAUCAAUAUUAAGUACUGACACGUAUCACUUUCGUAGAGGUAAGAAAUUAACGUAGGACUGAGGAUCUUUAGUUUCUCCAGGUACGACCGGACCGUUUCUCCGCGCUUGAUUGAAUCAUUUAAUAUUUCUACGUGGCACAGCUGGAUUCAGCUGGGUAAAUAUAUGACUCGUUAGUCCCUGAAUUGUCAUAUUACAAAAACAACUGUAUCAAUAAUUUUGAUAUUUCUCGUUAACGGGACUUAUUCUAGAUGCAUAUAGCUUUCGUAAUUAUUAUAAAUGGCGAAAUUUCUUAAUUGGUUGGUUUAACGUUCCUUAUAGAAUCCUAAUAUCAGUUUAUCCUUCAAAUUUAGAUUUUACAGUUUAGAUAUUUUUCGCUGGAGGAAGGGCAUGCCAUGGUAGGGAAGUUAAAUAAUUUUUAAUGGACAAUUGUAUCGGGCUAUUCGCAUGGAAACAACUAGGUAAACUGAUAAGUGAUAUCAAAGUAUUCGAGGACGGUUAUCAUUCACUUGGUUGCAUAAGCAUAAACCGGUAUGAGUUCUAAGUAUAAAAAACUGGACACUGGGAUAUGUAUGAAUAAAUGGCCAAUUAUUUAUGAAUUAUAUUUUAUUUGUUAGAAGCGUACGUAUGGCAGGAGAAUACUCAUAAAAAUUAUUUUACUGUAUGCAUGGUAUAUACUGCUGUACAUGUUUUAAAUCAUUUUAUUAUAAUAAAUAUGCCUAAAAUAAAAGGAAAGAGUAAA